CCAAAAUGUCGCGAAGAGAAGGGCAGCUUUUUGUUGGAAGACUCAGUAAAAGUACGAGGGUGCGUGACUUAGAAGAUGUUUUUGAAGCUUACGGUCGGCUGCUAAGAUGCGAAGUUAAAUAUGGCGCUGAAAUGGCUUAUGCCUUUGUUGACUUUGAAGACCGCAGGGAUGCAGAGGAUGCUAUUAAGUAUGAAAAUGGUCGUGAAAUUGCAGGAUCUGGUAUUGUAGUGGAGUGGGCCAAAGGUAACCGUAGAGGUGGCGGUGGUCCAGUCGUCAGUAGAGGCUUUGAUGACUGUUACAGAUGUCAUCGUUCAGGUCAUUGGGCCAGGGAUUGUCCUGAUGACCGUAACUACGGCUUCAGACGUCCAGGGCAGUCAAGUGGACGAUACAGAUCGCCAUCACCCAGGAGGAGAAGGAGGUCCAGGUCUAGGAGUGACUCCAGAGAUCGAGACAGGAGGAAGAGGAGGCGAUCCAGGUCACGCUCAAGGAGUAGGAGCCGAAGCAGAGACCGUAGAAGGAGGUCAAGGUCAAACAGUGACAACAGAAAAAGGAGCAGCAGACGCAGGAGUCACUCUCGGAGCAGGUCCAAGUCCAAAUCACGUAGUCGGUCAAAGAGUAAGAGCAAAUCAGUUGCUUCUAAAUCUAGGAGUCGGUCACGCAGUGCAAGUCCAGCACCAGUUAAUGGAGAAUACAACAGUGAUCGGUCAGCAUCCAGAUCGCCAGCACGGUCAGGUUCAAGCACAUCGGAAUGAGAACUGCAGCAACUCAGAUUUCUGCUGUCGUUCAUUUUUCAUCGAGAAUUUUUUUUUUUUUUUAAUUAUUACAUAUCUUCAUUAUCAGAUCAUGUCCUGAAACAUUAAUGGCAGAGUGACAUUAGAAGUCUCAUUAUUCCUACAAUUUUACAUGCAUUCAAGAAAGCUUCUACUAGAGGUGAAUUUUUUUUUAUCAUCAUGAAUUUCGAUAACAUAUUGAAGUUUUAUUGGUUGUUGUAACUAUUUGAUGAGGUGUACAUUAGAAUAAAGUUUAUAUAAACAUAAA